AUGGAAAAUGCAAAGAAAAUGAUACUUAUCGAACCUGGAUUGAUUGAAAAAUUAAAACAAGAAAAUAAGGUUAAUAGUAAUUUAUCUCGAUUAGAUAUUGAAAUGCAAAAUAUUAUGAAUAGUAAGACGGAAGACCGAAAGAAAUGGAUAUUAUAUUUACAAACACUGCAAAGAUACCUUCAUUUUACCGAAGAGGAUCGUCAACCACUCAAAUUACCAAUUUAUUCUGAUACAUCUAAUGAAGAUUCAAAUGAGUCAAAAAUUGGUUUUAAAAAUAAAGAUAGAGAUCUAAAAACUUCAGUUGAUAUUGAAUCUUUGCUGGAGGAGAAUCGAUCCAUUAAAAGUAAAGAAAAUGAUGAAAAUCCACUUUACACACCAGCUCAAAUACUCAGUUUAAUACCAAAAACUUAUCAUAAAAAAGGGCAGUUAUUAUUAAACUUAGUUGAAACAAGUAAAAGUAAAAUGCAUUGGGAUAACGAAGGUACAGUCAUAAUUGAUAGUGAAAAAAUUCCUGGAAGUAAUAUUGUUGAUUUAAUAAAUGAUUCACUAAGACCCCUAAAAAGAAGUGAUCCGGUAGGGUGGGUUAGAUUUGCUGAAGCAUUAAAAGAUAUUAAAGUACCACUUACUUAUAUUGGAAAUCCAAGGAGAUUGGGAAAAAUGGACUCCGUACUAGAAGAAAUUAACAGGAUUUAUUAUGAUCCAUCUAAUCCCGCUGGUUUUGGUAGUAUUGAUAAAUUAUCAAAAGCCAUGAAGGGUAAAAUGAAUAAAAAGCAAGUAAAGGAAUGGUUAAAAUCACAAGAAACAUACACAUUACAUAAACCCAUUCGAAAAAAAUUCCCGCGUAAUAGGUACAUUUUAUCAAAUAUUAAUGAACUGUGGCAAGCUGAUUUAAGUGAUAUGCGAACUUAUUCUCAACAUAAUGAUGGUUUCAAGUAUAUACUUUGUAUUAUUGAUGUAUUUAGUAAAUAUGCUUUUGCAAGACCAAUGAAAAAGAAAAACUCAGAAACAACUAAAGAAUGUUUUGAAAGUAUAUUUACUGAAAGUAAUUUAACACCUACUCACAUACAAUCCGAUAAAGGUACCGAAUUUGUUUCAAAAGAUGUACAAAAAUACUUUAAAUCCAAAAAGAUUAAUUACUAUACCACUAACAAUCCUGACAUUAAGGCCAGUAUUGUUGAACGAUUUCAAAGAACACUAAAAAUGAAAAUGUGGCGUUAUUUCACUCAUAAUAAUACUUAUAGAUAUAUAGAUGUUUUACAAGAUUUAAUAUACUCUUAUAAUCACAGCUUUCACUCUAGUAUUAAGAUGUGCCCAUGUGAUGUAAAUUCCAACAAUAUUAUGACAGUUUGGACUAAUCUUUAUGACAGACGGUCAAAAAAACUUUCUUUAGAAAAUCCUAAACCAAAUUUCAAUGUGGGUGAUUAUGUUCGAAUAACUAAAUAUAAACAUGUAUUCCAAAAAGGAUAUGAAUCAAAUUGGAGUGAUGAAAUAUUUAUUAUAUCUUCAAUAAUUGAUAGAUCUCCAUGGGUUGUUUAUACAAUAACAGAUUUACAAAAUGAACCAAUAAUUGGUACUUUUUAUGAAAGAGAAUUACAGAAAAUCACUUACAACCCCACCUCACAACAUAAAAUAGAUAAAAUAAUUGACACUCGUUAUUCGGGUAACAGAAAAGAAGUAUUAGUGAAGUGGAAAGGUUAUCCAGAUAAAUUUAACAGUUGGAUUUUAGCUUCUAGUUUAAAAGAAAUAUGA